AUGGCGGUAUCUAGCUAUAAACCUGCCCAACCAUUGGCUUUAAAACAACUUAAUCGCAAGUUUGAAUUGGAUAAAAAAAAGAAGGGCAUAAAAUCAGCUGCCCAGUUGAUAGUGAAUUUUGGCCGGAGGUCUAGUGUACAUGGCAUAAGUAGGAUAUUCCAGGAGAAAUCUAAUACAUUUGAAAGAUUCUUCUGGUUCCUAACUCUAGUCUGCGCUCUCAUAGGCACCAUUUAUGUCUGCAUGAUUCUUUCGCAGCGCUUCAAUGCCGGCAUUCUGGAGACAAUAAUUGACAGCACCAACACUCCAGUAUUCCGUAUACCCUUUCCCGAAAUAACCAUUUGCAAUGUUAAUCAUUUGAACUGGCAGCGCUUAGAAAUGGCCAAACAUCGCUUUAUGCCCCAUGAAAAUGAUACCGAAAAAAUUCGCAUGUUUGAAUUUGUCAUUGGCCUCUAUGACAACAUAAGCUUUGGCAACUUUGAACAUUUCAGUGCCCUAAAAGAUCAGCCCUUCCAGCUGGUCAACAAUAUAAACUUUAGUUUAGUAGCUGAUUACAUGACCUGGCGUUGUGAGGAGUUUUUAAUUUAUUGUAAGUGGAGGCGUUAUAACAUUAAUUGUUGCGAUAUUUUCUUAAGAAGCAAAGGACAUAACGGCAUAUGCUGGCACUUUAAUACUCUGUCCACAGAGGAGGGUAGACGAAAACAGCUAUUGGAUAAUAAAUAUCCCUGGAGGACGGGAAGUGCUGGACCAAGAAGUGGCUUAACUGUGCGCGUAAUGUUGAAUGAGGAGAGGCACUAUAACAAGGAUAAUGAAAAAGGUUUAAUGGUGAGUGUAAUGGAGCCAGAAGUUUUCUAUAAGGAGCCAUAUUGGGUGCCAGCCAACACUGAAACUGUGGUGGAAGUGGAGCCAGUUAUCUAUCUAUAUGACAAUGAUACGAGAAGUUUGUCAUCGGCUCAAAGGAAGUGUGUGUUUAAUGAUGAGCGCAAUAGUUAUGAUUUCAAAUCGUUGCUUGGUUUUAACUACAUGAAUGAAAACUGUCAGACACAGUGUCAUCAGGAAUAUUUACUAAAGUAUUGCAACUGCACAAUGGAUCUGUUAUUCCCACCAGUUUAUUUUCAAAUAGCGGAAUAUGCAGCAUGUAAAAUUAAAGAUUUCUUAUGUUUGGCCAAGAAUAAUGAUUAUUUCCGUUUUUAUCAACAAUUCAGCGAAGAGAACUACGUGCAUAAUUAUUACCAUGGUAUGAUUUGUAAAUGUUUUCGCAAUUGUUAUUCCCUCAAUUAUGUUACGGAUGUAAGACCAUCAUUUUUGCCAGCGUAUCUGCGUAACAAUAAAACGUACGUUGAUUUAGAUGUGCAUUUCCGUUUCGAAACAAUGAUGGUGUACCGCACCAGUUUGGUGUUUGGUUGGGUGGAUUUAAUGGUGGCUUUUGGCGGUAUUGCUGGUCUAUUUCUGGGCUGUUCUCUUAUCAGUGCCAUUGAACUGUUCUACUUUGUAGUGGUUGAGUUGCCGGCUUUUAUGUUAAAUCAAUUGAAAUCUAAUGCUAAAUAUAUGAAGAUUAAUUAUUUGGUAAAUAGCCAACAUGAUAGAAUUCUUCUUGGACGACGUAAUUGGGUUAUGAAUAAUCGUGUAAGGGCUGCUGAAAGUUUUUAG